UGGUUUAAGAUUGUAUUUUAAACAAGAUUAUGCUUUAAAAUUUGUUUUAUAAUGUCUGGAGCAGAAUGUGAAAGUGAUAUGGAUUGCUCUGGUUCUGAUUGUGGAGAUGCUGGAUAUGAAGAUUAUUAUAGUACACAGCCAUGGGAUGGAGAAAUUGAUAAUGAUAUUAAUUUUGAUAAACAAAAACAAGAUCCAGAAUAUGCAGUUUAUGAAUGUUUAAGAGUUGAUGAAGUCGAGAGAUUAUUAAAUGAAAACGUAGAAUUUUUAACUACUAAUUUACAAAUUACACCCUCAUUGGCUAAGCUUUUUCUGCAUGCUCAUGAGUGGGAUUUACAAGAUAUUCUUUUAAAAUAUCAAGAUAAUACAUCAAAUAUAAUGAUUGAUUCAAAAAUUAUACUUUCGCACUCAGUUGAUCCACUUUUUAAUAUGAAAUUUCUAAAGGGAAACUUAUGUUCAGUUUGUUUUUUAACUUUUCCAACUGAAAGGUUUAGUACUUUAAAUUGUGGACAUUCAUUCUGUAAUGAUUGUUGGUGUGCAUAUUUUGAAACACAAAUUUUACAAGGAGUAUCUACUGGUAUUCGUUGUAUGGCAAAUAGUUGCAGUAUUUUAGCACCUGAAGAUUUUGUACUAUCCCUCUUAAUCAAACCUAUCAUGAGAGAACGGUAUCAACAAUUUGUUUUUCGUGAUUAUGUAAAAUCUCAUCCUCAACUUCGAUUUUGUCCGGGACCUAACUGUCAAAUUGUAAUAAGAUCUAAAGAACUACGCUCGAAACGUGUAAUUUGUAGUAUAUGUAAAACAGUAUUUUGUUUUCGCUGUGGCAUGGAUUAUCACGCUCCUACAGACUGCGAUACAAUUAAGAAAUGGUUAACGAAAUGUGCCGAUGAUUCAGAAACAGCUAAUUAUAUUAGUGCUCAUACUAAAGAUUGUCCAAAGUGUCAUAUAUGCAUAGAAAAAAAUGGUGGAUGUAAUCACAUGCAAUGUUAUAAUUGCAAACAUGACUUUUGUUGGAUGUGUCUUGGAGAUUGGAAGACGCAUGGAAGUGAAUAUUAUGAGUGUUCACGUUACAAAGAAAAUCCGAAUAUCGCUCAUGAAAGUGUUCAUGCUCAAGCUCGAGAAGCAUUAAAAAAAUAUUUACACUAUUAUGAAAGGUGGGAAAAUCACAGUAAAUCAUUAAAAUUAGAAGAACAGACUUUGGAAGAAAUAAAAUUACGGAUCCAAAAGAAAGUUAUGAAUGCUAGUGGAACCUGGAUAGACUGGCAACAUCUUUUCGAGGCAGCUUCACUGUUAGCUAGAUGCCGUUAUACAUUACAAUAUACUUAUCCUUAUGCAUAUUAUAUGGAAGCAGGACCUAGAAAGGAAUUGUUUGAAUACCAGCAGGCUCAAUUAGAGGCAGAAAUAGAAAACCUUUCCUGGAAAAUUGAACGCGCAGAAACAACAGAUCGUGGAGAUUUGGAAAACCAAAUGGACAUUGCCGAAAAAAGAAGAAUAACAUUGUUAAAAGAUUUUCUAGAAGUAUGAAAUAUAGAUUGUAUUAUCCGAAUAUAAUUAUGUAAUUAUAUACAUGUACAAUUAUUUUAUUUUCACAAAAGUCGACAAAACUUUAAUCAAUCAAUUAUAAGUUUUGUCGAUAAAAUCUAGUAGAUUUAUGAUUUUAAUAUUAAAAAAACAAGGUUUGAUACAGCAGUAACUCCAACUGGUACGGUUAUUUAUUAUAAUUUGUUAAAUUUAGUAUCUUUAAUUUUUUAUAGAAAGUAGAAGUAUAGUUGCCAUUA